UUUGUCUGAGAAAGUGCGAAGGCACGCGAGCGCGCGAGCGAGCGAGCGACCGAGCGACAUCUUGGAAAGCUGUUCACUCUCUCUCUCUCUCUCUCUCUCUCUCUCUCUGUCUCUCUUUCCCUCUUUCUCUCUCUCUCUCUCUCCCUCCCUCUCUCUCUCUCUCUCUCUCCCUCUCUCUAUCUCUCUCUCUCUCCAUCUUUCUCUCUCUUACUCACUCGCUCGCUUGCUCGCUCACUCGCUCACUCACUCACUCACUCACUCACUCUCCCCCCGUGGCCCCCACCCCGGUCGGGGCAACCCCGUCACAUACAGCGCAGGGAGAUGCGCGUUACGCUGCCAGGGAUUCCAGAGAAUCGACCUUUUGAUCCCGCGACUCUCUUCGAUUUCGGUGCUCGAAGGACGAUCGAAGUGGACCGAGUUCGAUAAACGGCUUCGAAACGUUUAAAGAGUUUCUCUCUGUGUUAUGUAUCUGUGUACGUGUUAGGAUUCCUACGUGAGAUAGAAGUAAAGAAAGAGGAUAGACGGAUAGAUAGAUAGAGAUAGAGACGGAGAGAGAGAGAAAGAGAGAGAGAGAGAGUGAGAUAGAGAUAAUAUGGACAGUAAGUUACGUUCGUUUAUGGCGUCAUCAUCGUGAUUCUCGCGUUAAACAUUCAAGAGAGGGAUUACAGAAAGCAAAAAAAGAGAGAGAAAGAGACGGAGGAUAGAGGGAGAGAGAGAGAGAGAGAGAGGAGAGAGAAAGGGAAGAGAGAGCAGACGCAACCAAGGGAUGAUGAUGGCUUUUAAAGAUGGUGGACGAGAACUCGUGUUGGUUGGUCGUUAUUGAUCAGCCGAUUGACGUGUCCGGAACGGUGAUCGAUUCUUCGGACAUUGCGACGACCGCGACGUGCGCGUGUUUCCUACUCCUGUGAGAGACUAAAGAAACUGAUACAUCAUCGAUCGGGAUCGUUUCGCGUUAACAUUUCUUCGACUAUUAACUAUUUCGUGAUCAACUCUUGACAUUCCUACGAGAUUCGGGAAUAUCGUGAAAGAGAGAGAGAAAGGGAGGGAAGAGAGAGAAGAGAAGAAGGAAAAAAUAAAUUGAUGCGAAUAAAUAUUUUGAUCGAUUUGCUGUACCGAGGGAUCGAUUAAGAAAAAAAAAGGAAGAAGGAGAAAGAAGGAGAGAGAGAGAGAGAGAGUGAGAGUGAGAGAUACGGAGAGAGAAAGAAACACAGAUAGAGAGAGAGAGAGAGAGAGAAAUAGAAGAAAGAAGAUCAGUGUCGAUCGGAUGGUCAAUAUCGAAGAAACGAGCAUCGAUGGUCCGAUUUUCAGUUAUUAGUCGUGGUCGAUGAGGAAGACAUAGAGAUAGAAAGAGAAAGACAGAAAAGAGAGGGAGAGUGAAAGACAGAGAGAAAGAGAGAAAGAGAGAGAGAGAGGACAGGUGACGCCAGUCGAUGUUUAUGCUCGAAGUAUCGGGCACAUCGAGCAACGUUGGUCACGAGGUAUCGGAAAAUCGAUAGAAAGCUGACUGACGCUAGUGGUGCCGGUCAGUGGUGGUGGCAGCCGCGGUAACCGACGCCAGCGUCGACGGCGACGACGGCGGCGACGACGACGACGACGACGACGACGACGACGACGACGACAACGACGACCACGACCACGACCACGACCACGACCACGACGACGACGACGACGACGACGACCACGACGACGACGACGACGACGACAGCGGUGACGGCGACGACGACGACGUUGGCUACGUUGUGUGCCUCGUAAUCGUUCGUGUUAUGCGUUGAUGGUGUUCGUGUGUCUACGAAACGAGAAUAACGUUCCCGGUAGUAUCGUCAUUGAUGUGGUAGUAGUAACAGUAGUAGUAGUAAUAGUAGUAGUAGUAGAAGUGGUGGUGGCGGUGCUGAUGGUGCUGGUGGUGGUGGUGGUGGUGGUUGGUAGUGGGUGGUAGCAGUGGAUGAGCUGGACAGAGACAGAGAGAUAGAGAGACAGAGGGAGAGAGAAAGAGAGAGAGAGAGAGAAGACUGGUGGGGUUGAUUGGAAACGUCACACUUUGCAGGGACGCAACGCGUUGUUCGGUGCUUCUUCUGUAUCAUUAUCUCCGCCGUUAAAAAUAAAAAUAAAAAUAAAAUUAAAUUAAAUAAAUAAAUAAAUAGAUAGAAAGGAGAAGCGUUAAACGUUAAACGUUAAAAUGAAUUCGUUUUCGAAGAUCGGAUCGACCGUUCUCACGUACGAUCGUCGAUUUUUCACUAAACGGCUGACUUCGGGUUAAUAAUACAGGACCGUCCUCGGUACGGCUGAAGGGAAAGAGUAAAAUUUGUGGGAUUUUUCUUCGUUCACAUUGAGAGUUAUCUCUUGUCGUCUAUUUUUUUUUCUUUUCUUUAAAUCGUCACACACACACACACACACACACGGCACGCACGAUAACACACGGUCAGACACACGCGCAUACACACAACAAACAAGAAUAUAUAUAUAUAUAUAUAUACUUUUCGUGUCUUCUUUAUUAGCUGGAAAGAACAUUUUUAAAACGGACGGUCUUUCGCGUAACGCGGCUGAUUAUAUAUAUACAUAUAUAUAUAUAUAUAUAUAUAUAAAUAUAUAUAUAUACACAUAGAUAUUUCGAAGAGUGAGAGCGCGUCCGACAAAGUGGUGUGUGCUUUUGGACGGAAGGGGUAGUUUUCACGUGGAUACCAUACGUGUCGAUGGGGUGAAAGUCUUGGACGCGUGGAGGAAGGGACUAUUCCCAGUAUACGAAAGUGCGCAAGUACGAAAAGGAGGGCGCUCGAAAAGUGGUGGUGGUGGUGGUAGUAGUAGAGGUGGUGGUGGUGACUCUCCGUCGUUUUUGAUUUUCCCCUAUGGAGAGAGACCGUGUUUAAAGAGAAAGAGAGAAGGAAGGAAGGAAGAGGACAGGAAGAGAGGGUUAAAGAGACGGAGAGAGAGAGAGAGAGAGACAGACAGAGAGGGAGGGAGAGAGAGACAGAGAGAGUAUAGACUCACACCUGGACCAGGAGGAACGGAACGGAACGGCACGGCACGCGCGGGUAACGCCGUCGUUAAACUCGAGAACAGUGGUGGUAGAAUAGACCAGGUGGUAGUGGUGGCGGUGGUGGUGGUGGUUGUGUCGCUGGUCGUCCCGCCGGAGGAAAGGGGCGGAGCGGAAGGGCCCAGACGGGGUACCGGUGGGCACCGCUGUCUCGAAAGUGAAAGAGACAGAGAUAGAGAGAGAAAGAGAGAGAGAGAGAGAUAGAGAGAGAGAUAGAGAGAGAGAGAGAGAGAGAGAGAGAGAGAGAGAGAAAGAGAGAGAGACAGAGAAAGAGAGAUAGAGAGAGAGUUUGCGACCGAGCCACCUCGCUCUCUCUUUCUUUCCUCGUCGCUCUCUUCGUCGUUCUUUCGUUUAGGAGGUUCCGUAGACGUAGCCGUUGCCGCUACUACUAGAGAGCGUACCGUAUUCACACUCUCUCUCUCGGCCGGCUAAGCGUCCGCGCGUUCUCAAUCGCUCCGCGUAUGUCAUGGGCGCACGGUGGACGCCGCCGUUGUGGUACCACCGGAUCUCUAUGCCGAUCCGUCGUGGCGGAGCGUCGACAGAAGCAUCACCGGGAACAUCGACAGCGCCGUCCUCGUUGUAUAUCAGAAUCAAUCUUGUCGUAAACGGUGGCGCGACGUUCGAGCUUCGUUCGAGAUUCACGAAGGUGUUAGAGGCGAGAGCGGGAGCCUUGAAAGGUUUCCAAGGUGCCAGUUGCCAGGGUGCUGAUCAGUGACGACGAGAAGAUCGGUGACGAGGCGCCUUUCGAGUUUAACGAAAGAAGAGAACUUUUUUGAUCGGUGCGUGCGUACUUGUAUCCUUGGUUGCUCGUUUGCUCGUUUACUCGCGCGGACAAGUAACUGUGAGAGACAAGGAGAAGGAGAAGGAGGAGAAGGGGUGGAGAAAAGUGCGAAGGAAGAAGGGUGCGCGGUGAAUUCGAAAAAUCCCGGUUACGUAGUGUGCACGCGGUGUGUGUCCAGUCACGACAGCGAGCGAGUGCGCGCCUACCCGAACUAGAUGUGCGUAAAUGGAAGGUAUAGGGGACAUAGCCGAUCAUCAAUCGCAUAGCGAGCAAUUACUGGACUCGGUCGAUUCCCCGGCGGCGGUCUCUACGCAUGGCCGCAGCGGCAGUGGGGGUGGCUCGAAUGGAAAUUGUGGGGCUGGUGGAGGAAGAGGAGGAGGAGAAGGUAGUAGGGGAAGCGUGCUUGGUGGGGGUAGACACCACCACCAUCAUCAUCACCAGCACCAUCAUCACCAUCACCACCAUCAGCAGCAGCAGCAGCAGCAGCAGCAGCAGCAGCAACAGCAGCAACAGCAACAGCAGCAGCAGCAACAGCAGCAGCAACAUCACCACCAUCAUCAUCAUCACCACCAUCAGCAACACCACGAGGUUAACGAAAUUGGAGGUGGUAGAAGCGGCGGUAGCAACGGUGGAGGUGGUAGUAUCGAGGGUAUGUCAUCGUCGGCUUCUCAAAGUCCCGACAUCGCGUGCGCGAGCCUACCGCUCGAAUUGCUCGCUGCUGGCGCGCUCGGCGUUAAGGAGGAACGAGAUCUCGUUGCCGCGGAAGAUCUCUCGUCGUCUCAGGAAGGGCCGACGAUCGGUAGCGGAGGCGGUGGUAACGGAAACGGUGCCGGUGUUGGUGGUGCUGUUGGUGCUGGUGGUGGUGGUGGUGGCGGCGGUAGUGGUGGUAGUAGUAGUGGUGGCGGUGGUAGUGGUAGUGGUGGUGGUGGUAGUGUCGUCGGUGGUGGUGGUAGUGGAGGUGGUGGUGGAGGCGGUAGUGGUAGUACCGGCGGCGGCGGCGGCGGUAGCAGCAGCAGCAGCAGCACCAGCAGCACCAGCAGUACCAGCAGCGGUGGAGGUGCCAUCGGUGGUGGCGGUGACGGUGGCGGCGGCGUCGGCGGUGGCGGCGGUGGUGGCGGCGGCGCCGUCGGCGGCGGUGGUGGUGGUGCCGGUGGUGGUGGUAGACAGAGCAGCGCGAGGGAGUCCCUGUCGGUGAUCGUGCCACCUCAGGACGUGGACGUGGACUCGCGCGACGACGCCGACGACUCGGAGCUCCUCAGUCCGGGCAAGCUAACGCCGACGUCGGGGAUAAGCGUCUCGGUCGCGAGCAUGAUCGACGCGACGGACUUCAGGGCGAUGCAACCGGAGCCGACUUAUCAAACGUUGACGUCGGUUACCGAAAGAAUGUCGCCGCCUGGCUUCAGCCCGGGCUCCUCGUACGCGACGCUGACGCCGUUGCAGCCGUUACCGCCGAUCUCGACGAUGAGCGACAAGUUUGUGUACGGUCACACGACCGGCGGGGUAACCGGUAGCUUCGCCGUGAUGCAGAACAACGGCCUCGGUAACAUCGGCCUUGGUAUGGGCGGCUCGCCGUACGCGUACGAUAAGCUACCCUCGAUGGGAAUGUCGCCACCGCACAAUUAUCCCUCGCCCGGUGCGGGCCUACAGCCGAGUCCUCUCUCGCCACAGAGCGCUUACAGUCAAAGCGCCCUGAAUUCGCCGCACAAGUCCGCGAGUCCGCACUAUGAUCCGGCUUUCCUACCGAGGCUACAACAGAGUCCCGCCGCACUUAGCCCGUCUUCGCCGCCGGCCGUCUCGGCGACCGCCACUUUCGCGCCUUCGCAUCAUUCCCCGCCCGCGCACUCGGUGCCGGCGGCCUCGCCCCCGCCCAUACAGACGCAGCUUCAGCAGCAACAACAGCAACAACAGCAGCAACAACAACAGCAGCAGCAGCAACAGCAGCAGCAGCAGCAGCAACAACAGCAGCAGCAGCAGCAACAGCAGCAGCAGCAAUCGUUGGCGCAACAGACUAUAUCGCACACUCAGCACGUGCAACACACGUCGGUCGUCAUGAAGACGGUCUCCUCGGCCGGCCACGGUGCUGGCGAGGUCGAGGAGAUCAACACGAAGGAAUUGGCACAGAGGAUCAGCGCCGAGCUCAAGAGGUACAGCAUACCCCAGGCGAUAUUCGCCCAGAGGGUACUCUGCCGUAGUCAGGGAACGCUCAGUGAUCUCCUACGUAAUCCAAAGCCCUGGUCGAAGCUCAAGAGCGGCCGGGAAACGUUUCGACGUAUGUGGAAGUGGCUGCAGGAGCCGGAGUUUCAAAGAAUGUCGGCCUUGCGUCUAGCAGCUGCACAGAUUCCACAACGCGGAACAUGCAAGAGGAAAGACGAGAUGUCGAAUCAGGCAGAACACCAACAGCCCGCCCCCAAGAAACCGCGGCUGGUUUUCACAGACCUUCAGCGCCGUACUCUACAGGCUAUUUUUAAAGAGACCAAGAGGCCGUCGAAGGAGAUGCAGGUGACAAUCGCGCGACAGUUGGGCCUUGAACCGACGACGGUCGGUAAUUUCUUCAUGAACGCUCGACGGCGCUCCAUGGACAAGUGGAAGGACGAGGAUCCGAAGACCGUGGCGGUCGAGGAGGGACAGCUAUCGCCAACAAUAGGUAUCGGGCAGCGACAGCCAAGCGACGUUUUGUGACACACGUCCGACCACGAGGAGUACCACGACGAGUCACCGGAGGAGGAUCUACCCUUCUCGUAAGGGUCUCCUUCUCCACUUUCCAUCUCUUCCCACCCGAAGGACAAGCAGCCCUUUUCUCGAGCUAUUCCCGAAGAACGAACGACUCGUUCGACUCGUUCGACUCGUUCGUUCUUUUUUCUUUCUUUCUUUUUUCUUUUUCUCUUUCUUUAGUUCUUUCUUUCUUCCUUCGUUUCUUUUUUCUAUUUCUUUUUCCUUUUCUCUCUCUUUCUCUUUCUCUUUUCUAAUGCGAAAGAAACCUCGAUAAAUCGAUCGUGAAAAGUAGUAUGAAUUACACCGAAUUAUUAAGACCACCCUUACAAUUAUUUUAAUAUCGUGCAAUAAAGAAUAUCGUUUUCUUUCUUUCUUUUUUUUUUUUUUUUUUUAGAGAUAUCUCGUUUUCCCUUUCUCUUCUCUUCUUUUCUUUUCCUUCCUUUUCUUUCUUCUGCUUCUUCUGCUUCUUAUUUUAUCGAGACUUAUACUUUUUCUAAAUGCAUUUAUCAAACGUACGGCGUUUUUUACCCCACACGUCGGUUUAUCGAUACCAUUAGUUUCUCUUCUCGACUCGACUCGAUCGAAAUAGUCAAUGAUCCGUUCUGAUAUUUACUUACGCGUUAUUUUGGAUUAUGAAAAAAGAAAAAGAAAGAAAGAAAAGAAGAAAAAUGGAGGAUAGAAAGAAAUGUCUACCUUCUUCUAAGUACUUACGUUCUUUUCCUAUUUGAAACUCUCUCUCUCUCUCUCUCUCUCUCUCUCUCUCAUCUAUGUCAAAGAGAACGGCCGAGCUAGCAAAGUAUAGAGAAGGUCGUGCGUCAUACACAACAUAUAAGCUUCUACCAAUGCUGAGGCAGCCAUUAUCUUAUGUACGUGAUGCUAGCAAACAGCACUGGCAGUAACAUAAGUAACAGCUAUGGUAGCUUUCGAAAGAUAUAGUUAUGUUUGAAAUUUUUUAACGACGAAUCCAUACGCACGCAUUUCUUUUUUUCUUUCUUUCAGUUUUCUUUUCUUUUUCAUUCUGUCUCUUCUUUCUCUUUCUCUCUUUUCUUUUCUUUUUCCUCUCUCUCUUUUUUCUUUUCUUUUUUCUUUUUUAUUUUCGUCGUUCCAACAUGUCAUUCUUCCCUUUUAUCUUUCAUUUGUCUCUAUUUUCUAUAUUUGUCAGUUCUCUAUUAUUAUAAUACCUACGAUUUCCGAGAUAUUUCGACGGAAAUGUCGGAGAAAAACGAGAACGGUCGAUUUGAGAGAGAAAGAGAGAGAAAAAGAGAGAGAGAAAGAGUAGGAAAGAAAUGGAAAGAGGGAGACAAAAAAUAGGAUAAAAUUUUCCAAAACAAAUGCUCGAGUAAGGGUUUAUCAUUCAACGUCAUCGUUUGUCUAUCGAUAAAAAGAAAGAAAGAAAGAAAAAAAGAAAGAAGGAAGGAAGGAAAAAGAAAAGAAAGCAAGAAAGAAAACAAGAAAGAAAGAAAGAAAGAAAGAAAGAAAAAAGAUAGAGAAAGAUGAAGGACUCUCGUCUCUGCAAAUUAUUAUUCAGUUCGAAAGAUCCCUCCCUCGAGGUUUUAUUUUAUUUAUUUAUUUUUUUUUUCUUCACUGAAAAGAAAUAAAAAAGAAUAAGAAGAAAAAACGAACGAAGCAAGCAAGAAGAACGAAAGAGAGGGAGAGGGAGAAAAAGAGAAAGAGAAAGAAAAAAAAAAGGGAGAGAAAAAAAAAGAAAAAAACGAAAACGAUCGUAACGAAAGUUGGAAAAAAUUAUAGGGAAAAAAAAAGAAUGAUUGGCUCUAUUAUCUCUCUUUUUUAUUUUAUUUUUUCUUCUUCUUCUUCUUCUUUUUUCUUUUCCUUUUUUUUUUUUUAUUUUUCUUUCUUCUCCCUUUCAAAAGAUGAGGAGGAAUCAAUCGUUCGAGGAGUUUAAAUAUAUUUCUCUCUUACUUGAGUUUUCCAAUAUCACGUGCCAUAGUUGUUUGCCAUAUUAGAUUACGUAAGUUCCUUCUUUAACGGUUCUAGUCUGUAUAUACACUUUUCAUUCCUAGAUGAUAAAACACACGUCAGGAGAAAGUCUGCGAAAUCCUUUCGAUGGAAGUCGCCAUCUUCCUUUUUUUUCUAGUCAAAAUUCAAGGAUAUCGCAGUCUUGGUGUGUGUGCGUGUAUUCGUAGCUUGUUUUUCUUUUCUUUUAUAUUUAUUUUUUUCUAUUCGAACACGAGUAAAAAGGGAGAUAGAGAGAGAGAGAGGGAGAGAGAGAGAAAGAAGGAGGGAGGGAGAAAGAGAAGGAGAUAGAUAGAUAGAUAAAUAGAGAGACUUCCCGACGAGUCAAAGCGUCUUCUCGACUUUUAAAUAUAGAAACUAGUCGCCUUUCGCGUGAAAGAAAGCGAACAUUUUUACGAUGAUAUCGAUUUGCUAUUUUAAUAAUAAAAUAAUUAUAAUGAUAAAUAAAUAAAUAAAUAAAUAAUAAUAAUAAUAAUAAUAAUAUUAAUAUUAAUAAAUAAUAAUAAUAAUAAUAAUAUUAAUAUUAAUAAUAAUAAUAAUAUUAAUAAUAAUAAUAUUAAUAAUAAUAAUAAUAAUAAUAAUAAUAAUAAUAGUAAUAAAUAAUGAAAUAUAAAUAAUAAUAACAGUAACACUAAGGGAUAAUAAUCAAGCACUCGAGGAAAAGGGUAUUCUACAAGAUAAACUUUGACUCGAUCGUCGAAUCUCUCUAUUAGUGUCGUGAUCACUAGUGGGUGUUUCAUAUUGCGAAAAGAAAGAGAAAGAAGAAGAAAAUAAGAAAGAAAGAAAGUUAGGGAAAAAAUUUCUUAGAAAAAGAUUUUAUCAGAGACGGGAGUUGUUGCGUCAAACGAUGAAUGAGAAAAAGGAAACGCAACAACAACACGAAUAAUAAUAAAAGUCCAAAGCAAAAAUGGUGGGAAGAAAUUUGGUGAUGUGAUGAACGCUUUUAUGCAUAUGCCAUAUCACCGUGACUCGUCGUAUCCUCGUUGGUCAGAUCAAAUGUAAACCAAUUUCAAAGUGGCAUCGUGUCAAAGAUGCACGUGCCAAGUGAUAUAUAUAUCUAUGUAUGUACGUAUGUAUGACGUAUGUAUGUAUGUAUCCACGUAUGUAUGUACGAUGUAUGUAUGUAUGUAGGAAUGUACGUAUGUAUGUAUGGUAUGUAUGAUAUGUAUGUAUGGUAUGUACGUACUAUUUGUGUAUAAAACACGUAUAUAUCGGAAUGGCCGCGAACAAUUGAGAAAGAACAACGAGAGAAUGUGUGUACGAGAGAGCGUAUGUGGGAGAGGAAUAGAGAAAGAGAGAAAGGAAGAAAGAAAGAAAGAGAGAAAGAAAGAAAGAAAGAAAGAAAGAGAGAGAAGAAGAAAGCGUAUUCGUACUCGUAUCGAGAGAAAUUUUUAAAGCAAAAGGCUCGCGCGUACAGAGCGUGUAUUAUGCGAGCAAUAUCAAGAACGUGUAAAUAGAGAAAGAUAAAUAUACGUUCUUGUAUACUCGUUGACCUGAUAUGAGUGUAAGAAAGAAAAGGAUAGUGCGAAUAUACGUAUAUAUGUAUGUAUUGUGUGAUAGGUGCAAGAAAGAGAGAGAGAAAGAGAGAGAGAGAGAGAGAAAAGUUUAAGAAACCGCACUCGAUAUCGUACUACAAUCGUGCUGUGCUAUUGUACAUACUUUAAGAAGAGAAUAGACGAGAGAAAUAGAAGGGGAGAACUUUUGUUACCUUAAAGGCAUUCGUUGUAAACGACUGAGCGGCUGACGAACGACUUUCGCGAAAUCUCGAAUCGAUUGAGAAUGGGACGUCGUCAGAUCGGAUCGAUUUAGAUAUUAGAAUUUUGUAUUUUUUAUCCGAACGUCGUUCGUCAGCUAUAAUAAGCGAGAAAGGAAUAAACAGAAAGAGAUAUAGAUACAUAGGUAGAGAAUGUGUAUGUGUGUUUGAGAGAGGGAGAAAGAGAGAGAUUGAUAGAGAGAGAAUGAUAGAGAGAGAAUGAUAGAGAGAGAAAGAGAAACAUAGAAUUUCGUUCGAUGACCCUCAACGUCCGUUUUGGGAGCUAAAAAUCUUUUUUUUUCCUUUUUUCUAAAAACGAAGUAAUAUCUACGUAAAAAUUUCUGGUCUAACACGACUAAAUUUUGUGAUAUCAAAUAUGGUUGAAUGAUAAUGAAUGAAAACAAAGGAAGGAAGGAAGGAAGGAAGGAAAGGAAAAAAGAAAAAAAAUAAUAAUCUCGAAAAAGGGAACUUUUUUAAAACGCAAUCACUUUCGUCAACUGCAUCGAUAUUUCUUUGUAACAUUGUCAUUAGAAAAGCGAUAAACGAAAGCUAUCAAGCUUCAUACGCGAAUUACGUUGUUCACUUUGCGAAUAAAAUAUUGGUUAAAUAAAAUUUUCAACUAAUUUAGAUUCGAUCGUGGAUAAAAGUCGUACAAUAAAUUUUAAUCGAAAGCGAGAAAAUGAUAUGACAGUGAAUGAUCGUGUGAAUUCGUCGAGAGAAUAAGUUCGAGAGAGAGAGAGAGAGAGAGAGAGAGAGAGAGAGAGAGAGAGAAAGCGUAAAAAAAGAAGAAGAAGAAGAGGAAGAAGAAGAAGAGGUCGAAUUAUCGGCCAUCUUCUUUUUAAAGAUCAUAUAUAGUACAAACUAAACAUAUAUUAUUAUUCUAAUAACGGAUUAAUUAAAUAUAAGUGGGGCGUCGCUGUUUCGAUAGAAUAUUGAAAGUGAUAAGCGAGAGUGAGAAAUGAAACAUAGAACAAGAGAGAGAGAGAGAGAGAGAGAAAGUAUGUGUGAGAGAAAGAGAGACAGAGAGAAUGGGGACCGCUAUCGGUCUAAUGUGACUUGAAUAUGAUAAUAUAUCUUGUUAAAAGCGCUAAGAGCGAUAACUGAUCGAUGAUAUGGUGAUCACGAGGUGUCCUUGUUGCUUCUCUCAAAGUCGGAAUUUUUGUUAAACUAAUUAGUGGGGACGAAUUAAACGAAUAAAUGAUAAACAGUGAGCAAUAUAUAUAUAUAUAUAUAUAUAUAUAUAUAUAUAUGUAUAUAUAUAAAGAAAAAGAGAAAGAAGUUUCUCGGAAUGAUCUUAUCGAUCUAAGAAAACAUCGGAGAGAGAGAAAGAGAGACAGAGACAGAGAGAGAGAGAGAGAAAGAGAUCAAAUUCAUCAUAACAAGAAUGGAAAAAAGUAUAGAAAGAUAGAGAUAGAUAGUUAGAUAAAUAAAUAGAAAGAGAGAACACCUUUCGAAGCCUCGUUUCACCUUCAUCGAAUUUACCCGAUAUCUGUUUUCGCCGUUUCAUUCGAACGGACGAACACGCACGUAAGUAAGUACGUACGUAAGUUUGAAGAAGAGAAUGAAAGAAUAAAGAGGAAGAAGAAGAAGAAGGAGGAGGAGGAGGAGGAGGAGGAGGAGGUGGAGGAGGUGGAGAAGGAGGAGGAGGAGGAGAAGAAAAAAGAAAAGAAAAAAAUACAAAUAUUAAAAGAGACCUUGGCCACGUGGCCGAGUCGUGUGCCUCGCGCGAGUUCUCGGUCGCAUCCUUCUUUUAAAAAUGAUCGUCCUCGACUCGCCUCGUGCUUUUCCCUUUGUGUGCCGUCAGAAAAUAAAAAAAAAAGAAAAUUCAGUUACAAACGAGAAGAGAGAGAGAGAGAGAGAGAGAGAGAGAGAGAAAGAGAGAGAGAGAAAGAUGAAGCGAAUUUAACAAACAAAUAAAUAAACAAACAAACAAUUAAACACACGCAGUAUAUGUCGAAGAAAAAGAAAGAUUAGUUGAUAACUAUUAUAUUUAUUUCGAUCGUGCGCGCAAAUCUACAUGCAGACAUUGUACACAUCAUACACGUACGCACGCACAGACACAGACACACGCACACGUUCACGUUUACAGAGAAAGACCCAUAGCCAUGCGCAAGAACGUAAACGCACGAGGGAGACGAUGAGAAAUUUGUCGAAGAAGUGCGAAAAUGUUCUGUACGAUAUAUCUUGUAAAUAUCAUUAGUCACGAUACACAUAUACACAUAUACAGAGACACAUAAAAAUAUGAACUAUUAUUAUUAUUACUAUUAUUAUUAUUAUUAUUAUUAUUAUUAUUAUUAUUAUUAUUAUUAUUAUUAUUAUUAUUAUUAUUAUCAUCCACAAGGGAUACAUAAAAUCGUAAUUAUAAAAAUGGAAUACAUACACAGAUAUACAAAAUACACACACAUAUAUGUAUGUAUAGAGAGAGAGAGAGAGAGAGAGACGCGCGAAUUUUCUUACAUUUCAAACUGCUCCAGCUCGUGUGAUGAUUAGGUAGCAGUAUGCGUGUCGUGUUCACUUUCUCUUUCGUUCGUCGUGAAUUUGCAAAAUCGAACGCGUCGUUAAAGAGAAACAAAGAGAGAAAUGCAAUCUCGAAAAAGAGUGAAAGAGAUAGAGAUUAAGAAAUAUAGGAGAAAAAAGGGAAACCAUUAUUAGGGGUAAUAAUGCGAGAACAUAGCUCUAUAUUAUAUAUAUAUAUAUAUUAUAUAUUAUAUAUAUUAUAUAUAUAUACAUUAACACUUAUAUACGAUAUAUAAUGAUAUAUAUGUAUAUAUAUAUAUUUAUAUAUAUAUAUUUAUAUAUAUAUAAAUAUAUAAGUAAAUGAAUAUGAAUAUAAAUAUGAAUAUAAAUAUGGAUAUAAAUAUGAACAUAAUUAUAUAAAUCUAAAAUGAAUGAUAUAUAUAUAUGUAUAUAUAUAUACAUAUGAAUAUGUGUAUAUAUAUAUGUAUAUAUAUAUUAAUAUAAAUAUAUAAAUAUAUAAAUAUAAAUAUAAAUAUGAAUAUAAAUAUAAAUAUGAGAUAUAAAUAUGAAAAUAAAUAUAAAUAUGAAUAUAAUUCUAGGGAUGAGAGUAAACGAAAAAGAAGGUUUUCGAUGUUGGUCGGAGUAUAUAUGAGAGGGGUGAUAGGUGGGAUGAGUAGAAAGAGGUGGGGAGAUUAGAUCUCGUCGAACCAUCCGACGAUCGAUCGAUCAGUUUAUCACCGAUCAAGAAGAACAGGGACUAGAAAGAGAAAGUUAUAAGAUGAUCUAUUUAUGUAUAAAACACGCUGAGAGGAAAAGAGUGUGUGUGAGAGAGAGAGAGAGAGAGAGAAAGAUAGAGAGAGAUAGAUAGAAAGAGGGAGUGAGAGAGAGAAAGAGAGAGAGAGAGAGAGGGAGAGAAAAUAUACACUGAGCUGCGGGACUCGUCUCGUUAGUUUAAUGGAUAUCGAAGGACUAAAGGAAGGACGGAGGAGGGAAAGGAGGUCGGCCGAGCGAUAUAAAACGCAAAGAAGGAAGCUUCUUAGGUUGGAUGGACACGGCGCUGGUGGUGGUUGGUGGGUGAGGAUGAUGGGGUUGAGGGCUUGGAAAGGGUGAGUCUAUUUCGGAUCCGUGCAUCUAUAGAGAGACAGAGAGAGAGAGAGAGAGAGAGAGAGAGUUCUUUUAUAAUCGCGACAACGUGAUUAGCUAACUCGAUCGUAAAUUAAGCGCGAACGACAACGACGAGACGCGAUGGCGCGUUGCGAAGAAGAAGAAGAUGAGGAGGAUGAGGAUGAGGAUGAGGAUGAGGAUGAGGAGAAGGAGAAGGAGGAGGAGGAAGAAAGAGAAUAGAAUGACCGCUUUAAAUCCGGUGAUGAAGAAGAGAAGUACGCUCUCUUUGUCGAUUAAAAUCUUCUCACCGUGUUAUCGCGACCUUAUAUAUAUAUAUAUAUAUAUAUAUAUAUAUAUAUAUAUAUACUAUAUAUGUAUAUGUGUAUAUAUAUAUAUAUAUAUACUAUAUAUGUAUAUGUGUAUAUAUAUAUAUACACAUAUACACAUUAUAUUUCUAUACGUACACCCACUCACCCACAAACACAUACGCAUGCAAACGAAACGAUAGAUUGAUCGAAUAAUUUCGUACAUGUUCAACCAUAUAACCAUGUAAUAUAUAGUACGUCUUGCUUUUUCCUGCGAGUCGCCAAAACUACCCCUGACAUUACUUGAUUAUUACUUCUCUUCUAAAGCGUGUUAUGGAUUAAAUUCAAAGAUGGAUUUCUCAUCGCGGAUACGAGAUAGACAUCCUUUCUGGCUAGACCUUAGAAAGUUAGAGUGAGAAAGAGAAAGAGAGAGAGAUAGAGAGAGAUUGAAACGGAAUAACGAUGGAACUUGUAUUGAUACUCAAAACAUAUCUAACGGAUUAGAGAGUGCACGAAUAGACGUGGAUGAUCUAUAAUCACAAAUGUAUGGUAUACAACGUGAUACACACAUAAAUACACACAGACAGACACACACAUAUAAAUAUAUACACGCCAGACACGAUCAUAUGGGACACAAAAGACAAAUGAAAUAACACGCAAGAACUUCAGACAUAGCUGGUGUACCGAUAAUUUUCUUACAUUCGCCUUCGGCGAAGGCGAACUGUUAAUGAUUUUCGUCGACGUAUCAAACGUUCGAUGACAUAUUAAACAACAUUUGUGUGUGUGUGUGUUUUUUUUAUUCCCCCGUCAAUACUUGACGACAUCGUCAAAAAGUAUAAUUCUAAAAAGAAAGAGAUAUGAGGAAUCUCGUGUCGUGUCCCUCGCUCGAUCGUGCGAAGCAGACCCACGAAUUUAUUAUUACCAAAGAAAGAUUCGUUAAAGAAGCUAAAGAGAAAUAAUAAAUAAAAAGGAAUACGUUGAGAGAGAGAGAGAGAGAGAGAGAGAGAGAGAGAGAGAGAGAGAAUGAGAUACAUCGACUCGACUAAUAUCGAUUCGAUCGUUACGAGGAAGAGUCUGGUAAUGGAACAGAUAGAAAGAGUGGGAGAAAAAGAGAGAGAGAGAGACAGACAGAUUAAUAAAAAAGGAUGGAAAAGAAAAAAGAUAAAAAAAUGUGAGAAACAGUUCGUACGACAAUAAGGUAUCGAUUAGUUUAAUCAGAGAUGAAAUAAUGUAAAAUACAAGUGCAAAAGAAGCAGGUAUACAUUAUUAUAUUUAUUAUAACUGUGCGAAAGAGUGGGAGAGAAAGGAAGAAAGAAAGAAAGUAAGAGAGAUAGAGAGAAAGAGAUAAAAAGAGAGAGAGAGAGAGAAAGAGAGAGAGAGAGAGAAUUAAUCUGGUGUAUUUAUAUUGACGCGAUCUCUCUCGUGUCGAGGUUGUUUGACGAGGGAGAACAAUGUUUAGAAAAUAGACAACAAAUAAAGGACACAUAAAGAGAUCAGAAGUCGAUAAAUAUAGAUUUUUAAGGGAUAUAAAGUGAUAGAGAAAAAGAAAGAGAUGGAAAGAGAGAGAGAGAGAGAGAGAAGGAGCAUAAAUUAAAUAAUUUUAAUAAAUAGUAAAAGGUAUUGUUACUGAAACGAGAGAUAAGAUCAUCGAGAGAUGUGAAAAAUAUUAGUUGAAAGAAAAAAAAAAAGAAAAGAAAAAAGAUUAAAAAGAGAAAAAAAGAAAAAAGGACGAAGAAAAUUGGUCUCUCGUUUCGGCUUACAUUAGAUAAUCGCUCUUUCAUAAAGAUGGAAAUGUAAAGGAGACGAUAUGACAAUGACGAUAACGACGAUGACGAUGACGACGACAAUGACGAUGACGAUGACGAUGACUUCGAGGUAUUGAAAGAAUCGCGUAAUCACGGGAGAGAGAUAGUCGCGGGUGCGUGUUAAUACCAAAGGAUCGUAGAAAUAUAAACGAAAAAAAAGGCGUAUAUUAAUACUAAUUAAUAAUAAUUAAUAAUAAUAAUUAAUAUUAGUAAUAAUAAUAAUAAAUAUAAAAAAAAUAAUAAGAAUAAGAAUAAUAAUAAUAGUAAUAAUAAUUAAUAAUAAUUAAUAAUAAUAAUAAUAAUUAAUAAUAAUUAAUAAUAAUAAUAAAAAUAAUAAUAAUAAUGAUGAUGAUGAUGAUGAUGAUGAUUAAAAAAAAAAUAAAAAAACCAUUAUUUAUUGUUUACACCUAUGUAUGACGUUAGUGAACAAUACGGUUACGAACCUGAACCUGUAUUAUCGAAAAUGAAUGCUUGUUGAGUGUAUGUAAGAAUUAAGUAGAGAGUAAGAGAGAAAGAAAGAGAGAGAAAUAGUAUGCAAUGGCAUUGAAUUUUCUGAAUGUGUUUUAGAGAGAGUGAGAGAGAGAACAAGUAAAUAUGAAUGUGUGUGUGAAUGUGUGUAAAAGAGAGAUAGAGAGAAAAAGAGUGAGAGAAAGAGGUAGAGAGAAAAGCGGAGGGGAGAUCGAUAUCUAUAAAUGUUGGAAUCGAAUCGAGUGUCGUCUAUCGAGUUACUUAACGUUCUUUUUGAUCGAAUCAAAGGAAAGAAGAGGACGCUUUCUCUCUUUCUUGUAAAAUGACUAUACUUUGUUAACGUCCUCUCAUUUUUCCUUCAUCGAUUCGUAUGAACGAGAACGUUCGUUUUGUCAUUGGCAAAUCGAUGUUUUUUAAAGCGAUAAACUAUAAUAAACUCUGUCGUUAUUUAAUAACGACUAACUUCGCCGAAUUGUGCGUGAACGUACAUAGAAGAAAAGAGAUAAAUGAACGAAUUAAAAAAAAAAAAAGUGAUAAUAAAAAGAAAAAAAACAACGUUUACUCGAGGAAGGAGCAACGAAAGAAUUUUCGUCGAGAAGAGGGGAAAGUAAAGAAACAAUAUGGCGAGAGACAAUUUAUUUCGUUUCUUCUUUCGAAUUUCGAGUAUACGACGAAAACGAAACGAAACGAAACGUACUUAUAUAUUAUUAUUAUCAUUAUUAUUAUUAUUAUUAUUAUAUUAUUAUAUUAUUAUAUUAUUAUAUUAUUAUAUUAUUAUAUUAUUAUAUUAUCAUAUUAUUAUUAUUAUUAUUAUUAUUAUUAUUAUUAUUAUUAUUAUUAAUAUUAUUAUUAAUAUUAUUAAUAUUAUUAUUAUCGUCGUUAUCAUUAUUGUUAUUAUUAUUAUUAUAAUAUUCGAUUCCAGCAUUAAUCAGAGCGAUGUGUAUCUAUUUAAAAUAGACACGUCGAUCAUCGAGAACCACGAGGCGAUUGUAAACUAUUGUAAACUACCGAUGUUACUAAGUUUUACGAAGAGCUUAUUGUAGUCGAGGAAAGGAUAACAAAAAGAAAAAAAAAGUACCCAUUAAUUAUUAAAUCACACACAUAUACAUACAUAUACACACAGGGAGAAGGAGACACAAAAAUCUACACACGCACAUACAAAGAACAUAUACAUACACUUACGCAAACACAAGAAUUAAAUCGUAAAAUACGAGCAAACAAAUAAACAAAACAAAACAAAACAAACAAAAAAAAAUACCAAGGUAUUGAGUGUAGCACGAAAAAAAAAACUUCUUUACACUUUUGCACGAGACGUGUGUUGUACUUGAAUUAAUUAUCAUUGACAUAUGUAAUUAACAUUUUAUUACUUAGCAAUUAAACUUAAUUUAUUUAUGAUUAA